AACUGGACACUGCUCCUGGGGUCUGAACGGCACCUGGACACUGCUCCCGGGGGUGAAUGGCACCUGGACACUGCUCCUGGGAUGUGACAAGCACCCAAGCUUUGGAAACAUGGCUAAGGUUUUGCAUGAAUCUGAAACCACUCCGGACACUACCCCACCCAGAGAAGAACAGGAUGACAAUGCCAGCAUGAAGCAGUACCUGAGAAACAAAAACCUUGUUCUGGAUUUCCUGCGCUCUGACCUGAACCCCCACCACCUCCAGUACCACUGGAACAAAGUUCAUCUUCUGAAGAAGUGUUACUUUUACUUGAAGUUUGAGCCCAGACACGUGUGCGUGAGAGACCAGAACAAUAUGAUGAUUUUUGCCGAUAUCUUGCAAAUAGCAAAUCCCUGCCAACUCCAGAAGAUCAAGAAGGUGGGAAGAAAACAGACUGAAAUCCAGCUGGCACUUUUAACAGAGCUGUUGGAACAGCUGGAACGAGGCCGUGAGGAGCUGAGCCGUUACGUACAGAUCUGUGACGUAGAAGAUUUCCUCUCCCAGUGGGACUUGAAUAUAAAGAGAGUGCUCAAGCUCUCCAUGUUUUUCAAUAAGCUCAUUUCCUUGGAAGAGCCAAGGAAGCUGCACGUCAAGCACAGUUUGGUGUCACAGAUACAUCUCGGGGGUGCUCUACACCCUCCCAUCACUUUUUCUCUCUACACGAAGAAGCCGCCGAUUUUUGAUCGGAUAGAGUCGUUUGCGUGCCAGACCUGGGCCCAGCUCAAGUGGUUCACUGAGAGUCAAGAGUCCCACCUGGAACGAUGGCAGCUGGAGAUCAAGCUGGUGACAGAUGACAGUCAGACAGAACCAGGAUACGGUCGGACCCAGGAAGUCAUCUCCAACCCAUGUGUAAUCAACCACCUGCUGCCUGGCAGGUUGUACGAGUUCAAAGUGAGGAGAUCCGACACGCACACGCUCGUCUACUCGCAGUGGCACGACUGCAUUAUAUUGAAGACAAAAACUCACCCUGCUGAAGACACCAAGGAAGCCCCCAACCGCAGCCUGAUGAGGCGGCUCACGAGACCGACUCCCUCAGUUUAAUGGUUUAAUG